AUGAGGAGAAAAUUGGGAAAGCAAUACGAAGAAAAGUACACGAAAAAUGCUAUUCAACUAGCUGAGAUGUUGAAAAAUCAACCAACGAAUCCGAAGGAGAUAGUGUUGAAGUACACUGAGUUUGUGGCAAGAUUUGGACCCUUCCCACAAAUGGACCCAUAUGCCAGAAAGCUGAAUUAUUUCCAAAAAACUUUUCUGGAUAUUUAUUUUAUUUUAACAAUGCUUUUUCUUAUCUCAGCGCUCUCUAUUUUUCUGAUUUUCAGGUGUAUUUGUGAUUAUAAGAAAGUUAAAACUGAUUGA